AUGAAGGUGUGGACAUCGUUACCAUUUGUGAGAGAUCCCAUGCAAGGUAUUACUUCCGCAGAAAACGGCAAGUGUGGGCUUGGGCGAGAAUGCGAACUUGAGCAGGAUGGUGAUUGUAAUUACGACUAUGACUACGACGAUGAAGACACCAAAGAAACCAAACAAGCAGAUAACAAUGGAGAUUUAGUUAGAGAAUCUCUAAAGAAUCAGCCAGGGGAUAACUGGGAACUUGAAAAAUACCGUUCUAUAGAUGAAGAUGAUCAUACCAUAUUGACGCAUCGUGAACGUGUUGUCAUGGCGUUGACCUUAUCACUCAUUGGUCUUUGUUCGGCUAUGUCUAUGCCUAUCUAUUGGACGGCCCUUACAGAACUAGAGCGUGAGUUCCAUACCACUGAAAGCAAAAUCAAUUACACUGUGACUGCAUACCUCUGUUUCCAAGCGGUUGCACCUGUUUUCGUCUCUUCAUUCUCUGAUAUCUGGGGCAGGCGACCAGUCAUUCUUGUUUGUAUAACGGCGGGUCUUUGCACCAAUGUUGGGUUGGCUGUUUCUAGGACCUACUGGUUGAUUGUCUUUCUCCGUUGUGUUUUGGCAUCUUCUUUGGCACCGUUAGUAAGUAUAACAGCUGCUUCAGUUGGUGACUUCACGACCAGGAGAAACAGGGGCAGUUUGACUGGAUUGACAACAGGUUUCACAUUAAUAGGACAAGGUAUAGCUCCUUUCUUAGGUGCCGUUAUGGACACCGCUUGGGGGUGGCCUGCAAUUUUCUGGUUCUCCGCCGCCUUUAAUGGUACAAUACUGUUGCUAUCGUUUGUCUUGGUUCCUGAAACGCAUCGUGGUUAUGUCGGGAAUUUGGGCAUCAAACCCAAGUCUUUCAUCCAUUACAGUCCCUAUCUCUUGUAUUUGGGGAGCAGAUUGGAACCUUAUGAUGAAAAUAAAGUAGCUAAAAGAAAUCACAAGUAUCAACCUUGGAAGCCGUUGAUGUUGUCCUAUAAACCCGAUAUUUUGUCUAUCUUGCUGCCAUGUUCUAUUCUAUUUGCUUUAUGGACUAUAUCUCAAACCACAUUAUCUGUUCAUUUCAGUAAGGUUUAUCAUAUGCGCGUUAUCAUCAUUGGAGUCUGCUUCUUUGCACCUGGUAUGGCCUCUAUUUUUGGAACUGUGAUCUCGGGAAGAGUUUUGGAUUAUCUUUAUCGGAAAAGGAAAGCUGUAUACGAUGCAACAUACAAAGAUUUGGCACCUCAAGACAGAUCACCGUUUAAUAUAGUCAAAGUCAGACUGCUGACUAUUCCUUUUGCCGGGUUGUUUGCUGCGAUGGCUUCAAUUGUUUUUGGGUGGUGUAUGGAUAAACACACCAACAUAGCGCCAAUUUUAAUCAUGAGUUUUCUCAUCACUUUUUUUGUUAUGUUCCCACUAAAUACUGCUGUUACUGUCUUGAUUGACAUGUAUCCUCAAAUUGCAGGUGGUGCAACAGCUUUAAACAACCUGUUCCGUUGUGGUAUGAGUGCUAUCUUUGUUUCAUGUCUAAAUAUGAUGGAAGAUAAAAUGACAGUCGGCGGCACCUACACCUUUAUGGCUGCAAUUUCACUACUAUUUCUUACGGUAGUUUUGAGGUUAAUCAUUGGAAAUGAGGAUACAAUUACCAAACCUAAAAAUUUAUCUGAAGAUUAG